GCUGUUGACUGGCGAAGACGCUCUCUGGAACUUUGGAAGCACCCUCUGGAUAGUAGAGCCCAGAGCCCCCUACUCCCUAACCUAAUCCCCGAAAUUCCGACAUGGUUUUCGUGGAGCUGCUGAUAUUCGUGGCCUUCAUCGGCUUGCUGCUGUACAAAUGGUCCGUCUACACCUUCGGCUACUUCCUGAAAAGGGGCGUGGCCCACGAGAAGCCCACUCCACUGCUGGGUAAUAUAACCUGGCCGGUGCUAAUGGGCCAGGAUUCGUAUAUAAAGCACAGCAUUGACAUGCAUUUGCGACUCAAGCGGCACAAGGUCUAUGGAGUCUACAACCUGCGCGAUCCCCUGUACUAUCUGGCCGAUCCAGAACUCAUCCGCCAAGUGGGCAUCAAGAGCUUCGACACCUUCGCCAAUCACCGCAAGGGCAUCAGUGAUGGACCCGACGACACCAGUAUCAUGUCCAGGAGUUUGCUCAGUCUGCGGGAUCGUCGCUGGAAGCAGAUGCGUAGCACCCUGACGCCCACCUUUACGAGUCUGAAGAUCCGCCAGAUGUUCGAGCUGAUCCACUACUGCAAUGUGGAGGCCGUGGACUACCUGCAGCGCCAGCUGGAUGAGGGCAGUUCGGAGCUGGAGCUGAAGGACUUCUUCACGCGCUACACCAACGACGUGAUAGCAACCGCUGCCUUUGGCAUCCAGGUGAACUCCUUCAAGGACCCCAACAACGAGUUCUUCUCCAUUGGCCAGCGCAUCUCGGAGUUCAGUUUCUGGGGCAGCCUCAAAGUUAUGUUGUAUAUUCUGAUGCCCAAAUUGAUGAAGGCCCUGCGAGUCCCCGUGAUGGACAUGAACAACGUGGACUACUUCAAGAAGCUGGUCUUCGAUGCCAUGAAGUAUCGCAAGGAGCACAGCAUCGUGCGACCGGAUAUGAUCCACCUGCUGAUGGAGGCCCAGCAACAGUACAAGGCGGAUCAAGAGGGUUCCAAGGGCAGUGGAGUCCAGGAGGAGCGAGCCGAGUUCAACGACGAGGACCUGCUGGCCCAGUGCCUCUUGUUCUUCUCGGCGGGCUUUGAAACGGUGGCCACCUGUCUGAGCUUCACCAGCUACGAGCUGUUGAUGAACCCCGAGGUGCAGGAGAAGCUGUUCGAAGAGAUCCUGGCCGUGAAGGAGGAGCUGGGCGAUAGGCCACUCGACUACGACACCCUGAUGGGCAUGAAGUACCUGGACUGCGUGGUCUCCGAGUCGCUGAGAAAGUGGCCACCGGCCUUUGUCCUGGACAGGAUGUGCUCAGCUGACUACCAGCUAAAGGACGAGGAGGGCCAGGUGGUGCUCCAGCUGCGCGAGGACGACCUGGUGCACAUUCCCGUGAUGGCGCUGCACCACGAUCCCGAAAACUUCCCGCAGCCCGAAGAAUUCCGACCCGAGCGCUUCGACGAGGAGCACAAGCACGAGAUCAGGCAGUUCACCUACUUGCCUUUCGGCGUGGGUCAGCGCAGCUGCAUUGGCACCCGGAUGGCGCUCAUGGAGGUCAAGUCGCUGAUCUUCCAGCUGCUCCUGCGCUACCGCCUGAAGCCCACGGAUCGCACCACGACGGACAUGAUGGCCAGCAUCGCCGGCUUCCGACUGAUGCCGCGGGAACUGUUCUGGUGCAAACUGGAGGCCCGUGGAACGGCUUAAUUAAUAACAUGUCCCCAUACAAUAAAUAAUAAAGAGAAAGGAAGAGAAUAAAUG